AUGACCAGAGUACUCCUUACUGGCGGCAGCGGCUUCAUUGCCACCCAUAUUCUUCAGCUUCUUCUGGAACGAGGCCACUCCGUCGUCACCACUGUACGCAGUUCUGCCAAGGCGGAAAGCAUUAAGAAGGCCCACCCCGACCUAGGACUUGAAAGGCUCGAUUUCGCCAUUGUCCCUGACAUCGCGAAGGCUAGUGCCUUCGACGAGGCGGUUAUCUCUGAUCCUCCCUUUGAGACUGUUAUUCACACCGCAAGCCCGUUCCACUUUAAUGUGACGGAUAUCAAGAGAGACCUUUUGGAUCCUGCCAUCAACGGCACGACUGGCAUCCUCCAUGCCAUCAAGAAGAGCGCUCCAUCUGUAAAGCGCGUGGUCAUCACAUCGUCUUUCGGAUCUAUGAUGGACAUUUCCAAGGGUCUCUGGCCUGGCCAUACCUACAACGAGGAGGACUGGAACCCAGUCACGGCUGAGCAAGCCAUGGAAAACCCGGGCUUUGGUUACUCUGCGAGCAAGACAUUUGCUGAAAAGGCCGCCUGGGCCUUUGUUGCAGAGGAGAAGCCGGAAUUUACAAUCUCGACUAUUCUGCCGCCUCUUGUAUUUGGUCCUGCUGUUCAGAGCCUGGCCUCUCUGGAUGCCUUGAACACAUCCAAUCAAUUCAUUCGAAGCUUCACGAUUGGCGCAGCUAAAGAAGCGAUCCCUCCCACCACGAACCCCAUCUUUGUGGACGUUCGAGAUGUCGCAUUUGCACAUGUCAUGGCGGCCGAGAAGGCAGAGGCCGGUGGCAAGCGGUUCUUUGUCGUUGGCGGAUACUGCUCCAACGCCGAGAUCAUCGAAAUCAUUCGCAAGAAAUUCCCCGAAUACCGGGACAAUCUGCCGCCCCCGUCCGUGUCUGGAGGAGGUUACCUAGAACUUCCCGCGGAAGUCUACGGUUUUGACACGCGCAAGAGCGUCGAGAUCCUCGGUAUCAAAUACAGAUCCCUGGAGGAUUGCGUCACGGAGACUGUUCGCUCCUUCUCUGCGGUCAAACAGUCGUAG